CAUAUGCGGCAGAAAACCCGUCUAAGAUACUCGGUCUCCUUUUUCCGUGUUGGUAAACGGUUAAGGCCAUUGUUUCGGUAUUGACCUAGUGCUGAUUUAGCCUUCGGAUAUGUGUUACAAGUCAACCCGUUCAUGACAGACCUAACUGCUGCAGUGCAACAGAAAGGUUGACAUCACUGUACUUUUGCGGAUACUUCAUAUUUUGGACAGCUUGAAAUACAUGGGUCACUAUAAAUGAAAUUUAAUUGAUCAAGAUGAGUGGAUAUCUCGGAGAUUUGAGUCCUAGCCAGGAACAAGCUCUGAAGGAGCUUCGGGAAAUUUUCAAAGAUGAACUUCUUCCACAGCAUGAUGAUCAUUUACUUUUACAAUUUUUAAGAGCUAGAAGAUUUGAUAUGAAGAAAACAGAAGAAAUGUUCCGUAAGCAUCUCGAAUUUCGUAAGGAAUUCCCUGAAGAUUAUUUUGUAAAUGAAUACAAACCUCCAAAGAUUUUAGUCGAUCACCUGAUCCCGCCGGUGUUAGGAUACGACAAAGAUGGCUGUCCGAUUAGAUUAGUGCAUAUUGGACAUCAAGACAUAAAAGGUCUUUUGUGUUGUGUCCGUCGUCCGGAAAUUCGAAAAUGUAUAACAUGGUUUUUAGACACGGACAAAGAAGAGUUGCGAAAACGAAGCCGGGAGACUGGAAUUCAUGUCGAAAAAAGGACUUUUAUAUUUGAUUUAGACGGCCUAAGCCUUAAACAAAUUUAUCGAAGAGAUGUGUAUGAACUGGCCAUCUCAUUCAUAAAACUGUACGAAUAUAAUUAUCCAGAAAACCUCAAGAUAGCUUUUAUCAUUAACACACCAUCUUUUUUCUAUUAUCUGUUCAAUAUGAUUAAAGCCUUGCUUUCAGAAGAUACAGUCGACAAAUUGAAAAUAUACGGAUAUAACGGAUGGAAACCAGAUCUUCUGGAACAUAUCGAUGCUGAACUCUUACCCGUAAUCUACGGAGGGACACGGACAGAUCCAGAUGGAAAUCCUAACUGCCCGUCGCUGGUGAGAGUAUUCAGUCCUGUUCCGAAGGAAUUUUACCUUAAAAACUUAAACACUCUGAGUGCGGAUGACGAAAACGUUCGAAAAGUGACCGUUGGACGUCGUUCCAAGUGCAGCAUUCAACUGAAAGUGGACUUCCCCGGGUCGACGGUGGGAUGGGAAGUGGAAUGCACAAGAAACGAUAUCAAAAUAUAUCUCGUGUACGCCGAAGGUCCAAGUCCCGAAAUCGUCAUGAAACCCAUAACUGUCAGUUCUGAUUUUGGAGCCGAGAUUGGUUGCUACCUUGCCGAAAGAGCGGGAAAAUAUUCUUUGGUACUCGAUAACAGUUACAGUAUUUUUAGGAACAAGCAAGUUUUAUAUAAAACCUUCGUAACCUCUUGUUCAUCCAAGAGCGCCGAUGCAAUGAAAACAGUUCUUUCAGAAAAAGAAAACUCAUGAUUAUUGCAUGUUUUGUUUUUAUGUGUUGUAAAAAACUGUGAAUGGGUCUUUAUUUCAAUAAAAUGUACUUAAAAAAUGUAA